GGAUUUUGGGGAAUUUUGGGGCUGUCCCAAAGCGGAAUUUGGGGUUUGCAGGUGAUCCAGUACCAGACCGUGCGCUACGACGUCCUGCCCCUGUCUCCCAUCUCCAGGAACCGCCUGAACCAGGUGAAGAGGAAGAUUCUGGUGCUGGAUUUGGACGAGACCUUGAUCCACUCCCACCACGACGGGGUCCUGAGGCCCACGGUGCGACCCGGGACCCCCCCCGACUUCAUCCUCAAGGUGGUCAUUGACAAACACCCCGUGAGGUUCUUCGUGCACAAGCGGCCGCACGUGGAUUUCUUCCUGGAGGUGGUUUCCCAGUGGUACGAGCUGGUUGUGUUCACAGCCAGCAUGGAGAUCUACGGCUGUGCCGUGGCCGAUCGGCUGGACAACAACCGCUGCAUCCUGGGCCGGCGCUACUACCGACAGGUGAGAGAUACACCUGGACAGGUGAGAGACACCUGGACAGGUGUGAGAUACACCUGGACAGGUGUGAGAUACACCUGUGUGUGUGAGAGAUACACCUGGACAGGUGAGAGACACACCUGUGUGUGUGAGGGGUGUGAUACAGGUGUGUGACAACAACCGCUGCAUCCUGGGCCGGCGCUACUACCGACAGGUGAGAUACACCUGGACAGGUGAGAGAC